AUGGCCGCCACGCAGCUCUUGUUGUCCGUCUUGGUCUUGGCGAUGGUAGUCCUGCUGCUGUCGCCCACCUUCGGGGAUGUGGCUCAACAACCUCCCCUCAAGUUCCGGCCCGAUGGCACCUUCCGCAUCGUCCAGUUCACGGACCUGCACUACGGGGAGGCGGCCGAGUUUGACGUCAAUUCGGCGAGGGUGCAGACCACCAUACUCAAGAUGGAACGGCCCGAUCUCGUCGUCAUGACUGGCGACUCCGUGAGCGGCUAUGCGUGGAACGGCAAAGUGCGCCCGUGGUUCCCGCUCCGCUGGGACCAACUCACCGCGCCCAUGAAAUCGCUGGGCAUCCGCUGGGCCUUCGCUGUCGGCAACCACGACGACCAGGGCGACUUCAACCGGACGGAAAUUGUGCGGUACGAUCGGGAGUCAAGCCAGGGGCUGUCGCUGACCCAAUUCGGCCCGGCGGACGUGGACGGCGUCACCAACUACUACCUGCCCGUCCAAUCCUCGGCCUCGCAGGCCGUAGCCGCCAACCUGUGGAUGUUCGACUCCAACGACGUCAAGUGCCUUGACACCCCAGGCUGGGGCUGCGUGUAUCCGUCGCAGAUUGAGUGGUACCGGUCCACCGCGCGUCGGCUGCAGACCGAGCAGGUGCGGCAGAGCGAGAAGGUCCCCGGGCUGGCCUUCUUCCACAUCCCCGUCCCGGAGUUCAUGCACGUUUGGAACUACCACAACACCAGCGGUCGCCUCCAGGACACUGGGGUCUGUUGCUUUUCUGUGAACACGGGUCUGUACGCGGCGUGGCGCGAACUGGACGAGAUGGUGUCCUGCCACGUGGGCCACGACCACAACAACGACUUCUGGGGCGUGUACGGAGGCGUGCGGCUGAUGUACGGACGCAAGUCCGGCUAUGGCGGCUACGGACCUCCGCCCGGCUGGCUUCGUGGCGCUCGUGUGAUCGAGAUCCACGAAAACCCCUUCAAGAUGGUGACGUGGAUUCGCCAGGAAGACGGCACUGUUGUGCCAGAGUCGAGCCAACCUCUCCACUCUCCCGGCACCAACCAGACCUUUGCGUGCUGUGACUCGCUGGGCAGCACUCGUCCUUCGCAGUGCCACGCCUACGAAACAGCCUUCAGAAUGCGCCACUUGUCGUUGUGA